GGGGAGGAUCACAGAGUCAGAGAAGUAUAACAUUUCUGCUCUGGUAACAAACUGUCAGAUUCUCAGAAGCUUCUAUUUGCUGUUAACCAUGGUCUUCUCAAAGACUGCACUGGGUUUGGUUCUCUUAGCCAUGUUGGCAAUGGUGGCUGAAUCCUCAUGGGGCAAUGGGAAGGGAAAUUCCUAUAAUUACGACCUUUCCAAUAUGUCUGACCUGAGGAAACUGUACAACUCCAAAGUGUUCAAAGCUGAGAGGAUGACCAGACCUUUGGAGGGGAUGUCUUUCCAACUAGGCAAAUUGAGCCACUCUGGAGUCAGAGUGACUCUGGAAGAUGGCACUAAAUGGCUGGUGCAUAAAGGAGAUGGCUACGGUCUCUUAUCUCAGACCGUUGUUGUGAAUGCACGUCAUAUGAGCAGUAAUUGGAAAAUUGUUGAGACGAAAGAUUUUGGUGGGAGCAAGACAGUGUCUGAUUUUGUGAAGGCUGGAGGAACGGACUACAAACUUAUCUUUGAUAACUGUCAUGAUGCUUCUGGACGCAUGAUGGAUGGUUAAAUUCAUAAAUGUAGUUAUAGUAACGUUCAUUCACUAUGUUGCAUGUGUUGCAUGUUGUGAAUAGAGUAUCACUUUACUAAUGUUUUAUUCAUUUGACAAUACAUGGUGAAUUGUGACACUUACUGCUACUAUGUUGCUUAAAAAAAUGAUGUAUAAUUUUGCUUUAAUGUGUUAUUUUUAUUUUUUUAUUUUGAAAAGGAUAUCUUAAUAUCUUUCCUAGUUUUGAAAUCCAAUAACCUUAAUAAAUAAAGUUGCUGCAGAUGA